CGGCCGGGGGUAGGUUUCCCGCAGAGCCCUGACCUCCCGCCGAACCUCCACCUCGCCGCACGGCGCGGGCGGUGUGUGCGGGUCCACAGCGGCGGCCCGUCCGUGCGGCCCGGCUCGGCUUGGCUCGGGCAGCCGGAGACCUGCCGCCGGCAGUGUGGCACGCUGGUACGUCCGUCUCCAGGCCAGCGCCGGGUGGCAGCGCCGCGGCCGUGCGCUUUGAAUUUCCAUCAUCCCUGUCAAGAACUGAAAGUGCAGCUCAGGAUAUGGCAGUACCCACAAAUCAAUAGUGGGCUGAAGAGAUGAUUUUGACAGGAGGUUUAAAAUCUCUCCUUCCGCAUGUUCUAAGAAGAAUAAUUCGAUGCAACAGGAUCAGUAUUAGUAAUACUUCUGGAAUGGCAGAGGGCUAUAAACAGGCCAAUGUCAUAAUUUUGCACAAGUCCCUGGCUGAUGACUUUGAGAAGUUUUGCCAUGCAAAUGAUGGACCCCUGCCACUGCUGCACAGAAGUAAACCAGGUGAUUGGAAAUGUUCCUCCCUGAGUAGUGAUUCUGAUAUCAGAACUGACUGCCUGCAGUACAGAAUAUAUGAACAUGGAGCUUGUACUGGAUCACUGAAAAGCCUGAAGGAGUAUUCUGAACAACUUAAGGACAUGGUGACUUUUUAUUUAGGCUGCAGCUUCUCUUUUGAAAAAGCAGUCCAAAAUGCUGGCAUUCCUAUAAGAAAUGUUGAGCAAAAAUGUAAUGUGAGCAUGUAUAAGGCAACUGUGCCUUGCUACAGCGUUUCUACUUUUUGCUGCAACUUAGUAGUCACAAUGAGACCUAUUCCUGAAAGCAAAUUGGAAGCAGCUGUGCUAGCAACAUCUGAAUUAAAAGAAGCCCAUGGAGCACCAGUUCACAUUGGUCACACUGGUCUGCUGGGAAUACAAGAUCUUUCCAAACCAGAUUAUGGAGAUCCAGUUCACCUUCACCCUGGUGAUGUUCCAGUGUUUUGGGCCUGUGGAGUAACAGGAGUAGAAGCAGUCAUCAACUGCAGAGCUCCAUUAGCUUUCACUCAUUCUCCUGGCUGCAUGUUCAUUACCGACCUGAAGAAUGACAAUGUCACAGUCAGAUCCUCAAGAAAGGUCCCACAAGUGCACUGCAUUUCUCAAGAUCCUCUGCAUUACAGUAUUGUGUCAGCAGAGGCAGUCCGAAAGAUAAAGACUCUAGAGACCCUAAUUGGAAUAGAUCCAGGAGACCGGGGAAUAAUUCAUCUACACCGCCAGGGCGAGCUGCUGAAGGCUUGCCUGGCCAUCUCCCAUGCCCGGUCAGUGCUGAUAACAACUGGAUUUCCUACCCACUUCACUUACGAGCCGCCAGAAGAGAAUGACGGGCCCCCGGGAGCCCUCGCAAUUGCAGCUAUGUUGCAGGCCCUGGAGAAAGAGGUUGCCAUAGUAACAGAUCAGAGAGCCAUGAAUCUGAAUAGAAAGAUUAUUGAAGAGGCUGUUCAGCUAGGAAUUCUGAAGAGACCUGUCCCUUUAUUGAGUUAUCAAAGGGAAGGUGCUGAUUCAGCUUUAACGUUUUUGUGUGAGAAUGGGAAUCCUAGAAGACCUAGGUUCAAUCACCUGAUAGCAAUAGAGCGUGCGGGGAUGGCUGCCGAUGGCAAUUAUUACAAUGCAAGAAAAGUUAACAUUAAACAUCUAGUGGAUCCCAUAGAUGAACUAUUUUUAGCUGGAAAAACCAUUCCAGGAGUCACAACAACAGGUGUUGGUGAUGGAGGAAAUGAAUUAGGAAUGGGCAAAGUAAAAGAUGCUGUAAAGAAGCACAUAAAAAAUGGAGAUGUUAUAGCUUGUGAUGUUGAAGCUGAUUUUACUAUUGUAGCCGGGGUCUCUAACUGGGGAGGCUAUGCCAUUGCUUGUGCUCUAUAUAUCCUCAGCACUUGUGAACUACAUGACCGCUAUCUGAGGAAAGCUGUUGGGUUUCCACAGUUAUCAAAGAAGAUGGUCUGGCUAGCAGCACUUCCGUCGGUUACCAAGGAAGAAAAGCUUCUGAAAACACUUGUGCGUCACGGGGUCCGCAGUGGAAAAACUGCCAGUUUGGAAAUGGAAGUGGAUGGCCUGCCCUUCUACAACACCCAUUCGCUUAUGAUUGAAAAGCUGCUGCAAGAAGCGCAUCAGUGACUGCCCCUAAUGAUUUCUAUAUCAGGAGUUGCUCCCAUGUUGUUUCCUUAUUCCCUAGGCUCUCACAAGGCAUAAAAGAUCAGAAAAAAGAUGACUUUUCAUCGCUGGUGUCUUGGCCACAUUCAACCUUUCAUUGUUACCCUUAUAACAUCUUUGUGAAGCGAGAAGGGGAUGUCGUCAUGAUGAUUUGGUCUACCUUUCUUUCCUGUAAUUAUGUAACAGAAAAUGGCUAUUAAAUGAUAUUAUAUACUAAGAGGUGAUUUGGCUUUUACAAAGAAAGCUUGUCAUUAAAAUGAAAUAUUACUGCA